CCCAACACACCCCCUGCCCCGCUAUUCGUGAAUCACAAUCCCUCUGAACUCUGAAGCAAAGUUCAAAAUCACCAUACCAAAACCCUAGGUUCUCCCUGCAACGGUUCUGCCGCAGUGCCGCCGCCGUCCGUGCUGUCGGUGCCUCCGCGUCCUCUCUUGUAGCCCAGGCCCUCUCUUGUAGCUCGGCGUCCUCCUUCCCCCUGUCCCCGUCCUCCCUGGCUUCUCCGUUCGAGGUUGGAGCAGCUCGCCGCCGUGUCGCCACUCGCCGUCCGUGUCUCCGUCGAAGAACUGAGAAGGAAAAUGGCAAUCUGAACCAGCAAAAGGAUUUCCGCAGCGUCAGCGCGUGCUCACACUCGCAGGAACAAGAAAACUAACUCUUUUUCUGCCCUCUGGUACCUCUUCAUCUUUCCUUCUAUUUCUGCACUAGUUCAUUGUAUAGUAAGUCAACUCUUUGGAUUACUGGCAUAAUUGAAUUGGAGAUUCAAGAGCACAGUUGAUUUCUUAAUAUUGAAAAUUCACCCUUAGUUUUGAUCUAAUUGUUUUGUUUAGUAGGAACUAAUAGAAUAUCUUCAUGGCUUUAUCAGUGUUGUUUUCUAAGUUAUACUAGUUUCUUGUAAGAGAAUUAAAGCUAAGCUAGUCUUGCCUUCCGUUUUGCACAAAUAGGAAUAUGUAAAUACGGCCAUUUUAUCAAAACUAUAGUCACAAUUAGGAAGUUUAAUUUAAUAGUAUAUGAUGCAGAUACGCCUAUGGUACAGAUAUUUGAGUAGAAACGAAGUAUUUGUACAUUAUAGCUUGCAUAUGUUGCGGAAUAGGAUAGUAACAAUUAAGAGUAUUGAGUAUUGAUAUACUUGUUAUCUCUCUUUGAAAUGUUACUUUAUGGAUUUACUGUUUUAAUUUAGUUUUGCAUUCUCUCAGGACUUCUUGGAAUAGCGAUUAUAGUGUUGUUUAUUGGGUUUCUUUCAGUAUAUCAUGGUAUUAUUUGAUAUCUUCACACUUUGUACUAUUUGAAUUGGCAUAUCUUUCAAUAGUCACUCACAAGCUGCUUCUAUAUUCUAGGAUGUUUAUUUAUAAUUUAUUUAUUAUUUUAUUUUAAAACGGUUUUUUCUGGUGGAACCACGAUUAGACCGGUUGGACCAGUAAACCCGUGACUAGAGCGGUUCGAUGACCGGUCUGGUUCUCAGAACCUUGGAAUUGAUACUUGUUUGUUUUUAAUGUGUUUGUGAAGACAUGCUUUUGAAUUUAUAAUUUUAAGCUUAUUUUUUCUAAUUUUAUAUUUAUAUUUAAUUGUGUCGGAUCAACUGGUUCAACCAGUAAUCCACUGGUUGAACCAGUGACUCACUCGUAUAACUGGAUCGAUUACCGAUUCGGUUUUGAUAACUAUGCCUUUUUUAAAUCAAAAUUCACUGGUUCAAUUUAUGAUGGGACCGAACUUUCUCUCUCCUAUUUUAGUAAAUCGAAUUGGGUUAAUUCGAUUUACUUGGAUGCUUGCCAAAUUGAAUAGGUUAAUUUGAUUUACGUGGAAAUGUUUAAAUUGAAUUAUCCUGAUUCGAUUUAUAUAGAUUUGUUUAGGACAGAUGUGUAACCAUUUUCUAUUCAGAACAUUUGUGUAAAUUUGAUCUCCAAUCAAUUUAUUUAUGUAAAUUAUCCUAUUUAUUAUUCUUUUCCUAUUACAAAAUUUACUCUAUAAAAUAUUCUUUUUACUGUACCAAUAAUAUGUAUUAUUUCCAUGGUUCUGAAAACCGGACCGGACCGGCCGGUUCAACCGGAAUAACCGAAAACCGGUCAACUAGUCAAUCCGGGUAAAUCUAAAAACCGUUUGGUAAAAAACCGGUAAAAAAUCGGUCGAAUCGGCGGUUAACCGGUAAACCGGUAGAACCGUCCGGUUUUUUAGAGGGUUUCCGGUUCGGAAAGCAUCCUCUAAACGUCGCCGUUUUGUAUAAAAAUUUAAAAAAAAAAAAAAAAGAAAAAGGGCAAGUGCUGAACAGCUGAAGUGAAAACCCUAAAUCCCAAUUGUCAAUUGAAGCCAGCCACUCAUCUCUCCUCUCUUCUCUGAGAAGUGAGGAGCUGAGAACCAUUGCAGCCACCAGCCCACCACCACCAGUCGAGCAGCCCACCGCCACCGCGUCCCGCAGCCACCGCGUCCCGUAGCCACAGCGUCCCGCAGCCUCUGCGUCCAGCAGCCUCCGCAUCCCGCAGCCGCCGUUCGUGUGCGUCGUCCAUUAGUGGUCGGUCGCUCCUCCUUCUCCUUCGUCGCAGGUAUCCCUCUUCUCUGCCGUGCUGGCCGCAAUUUCUCCAGCCCCCUCUGCUCUGCCGUGGUCGCCUCCCUCUACUCUGCCGUGCUCGCCGCAAUUUCUCCAGCUCCCUCUGCUCUGCCGCGGUCACCUCCAUCUGCUCUUCCGUGCUCGCUGAAGAUUCUGGUAGGAAAAUUAUCUAGAUGGUUGCUGUUCUACUUGGAGCAAUCACAUUUGGCCUUGGGACUUGGCAGAUUUUUCCGGAGACAAGAUAAGUCGGCCAGAUCCUGUUGAUGCUUCGCCAUGCUUCAUUCCGAAGCUCCCAUGGCCACUUCCAGUGUUCCCCCAUAUGGCUUCUACAUACUCGGCAGAAAUCAAGUGGUGGAAGCAGGCCCAAGAAGAAGGUCUACCACCGGGUUUCUGAUCUCGACAGGGUGAUGGAGCUUCGUAAGAAGCCCUCCCUCAUUCUGGAGCUCUCCUCCAUCAUCCAAUCCCACAAGACCCAGUCCCUCCUCCUCCGGGACCUUGAGAAGAAUGUUGGCUUUGUCCGCAAAUGGGACUUCAUGGCCCUCAUUGAAAGGUACCCGACCAUCUUCUGUGUCUCCGGAUCACCUCCUUCCGUGUCCCUCACCCUUAAGGCCCAGAGUGUUGCCCAGGAGGAAGCCCAAGCCAAGGCCCUGAUGGAGCCCCUCUUGGUUAAUAAUCUUAGGAAGUUGCUGAUGCUGUCUGUUGAUUGCCGGGUACCCCUGCAGACUCUUGAGUUUGUUGGGCCUGAAUUGGGCUUGCCCUGUGAUUUCAGGGAGUCUUUGGUUCCUAAGUACCCUCAUUUUUUUUCAGUGAAGCGUGUUGCUGGGAAGGAUUGCCUUGAGUUGGAGGAUUGGGACUCCUCAUUAGCUGUCACUGCCAGGGAAGCUAGGUUGGCACAGGAAGGAGUUCUGAGCGCGAACCAAAGUGGGGUUCGGAUAAAAGUAAGGAUUUCAAAAGAUGGCAACUAUAUGGGUCUCUUUGCUUUCAAAAUGAAUUUCCCUCCUGGUUUUAGGCCGAACGUUAGUUACCUUGAGAAUCUUGAGAGGUGGCAGAGGAUGGAUUUUCCUUCUCCUUACUUGAAUGCAAGGAGGCUUGACCCUACUGCUCUGGAAACCCGAAAGCGUGCUGUGGCUGUGAUUCAUGAGCUCCUUAGCUUGACCAUGGAGAAAAGGAUGACAUCUGUGCAGCUGGAUGCAUUUCAGGCCGAGUGUCGUUUGCCGUCUAAGUUGCUGCUUUGCUUGAUAAAGCAUCAUGGGAUAUUUUACCUUACAAAUAAAGGUGUGAGAAGUACGGUCUUCCUCAAAGAUGCAUACCUUGGUUCAAACUUGAUAGAUAAGUGUCCUUUGUUACGGUUUAAUGAUAAGUUUGCGGCCCUCUCUGGUAGAACAAAUAUGGAUCUGUGCAACAGCAACAGUUCUAUAGGGGCCAUUGUUUAGUAGUUUUUUUGGUUGUCCACGUAUCUCUUAAUCCGGCAGGGCAAUGACUAAUCCGCUGCGGAUCGGAGCUCCAUUUAAUAUUUUGCCGCUUGCCAAUGAGUUGUCAUAUGCAUAAGGCAAGAUUGGAACCUUUUAACACUUAAGCAGACUAGUGAACUAACCACUAGUUUUAUUUUUUUGACAA